AUGGCUGUUGUAUUAAACUACAUCACCACCUACUGCACUGGAAACCUCUUCACUAUUGACUUAAUCUGUAUAAUUGCUAAGGCAAAAGAAAGAAAGGAAUAUGGAGCAGAUUUGUUGAGAGCAAGGAUAUAUUUCUUUAAACUCUAGGUUGGAAUGUCUGAACACAUUGACGAUUAUAACAUGGUUAAUUUCACUUGAUUUUGGGAGGGCAGAGUUGCAGUUUCCCUCUUGCUCAUCCAUCCCCAGUAAAGGACAGUUUCUGCCCUGCAGAGAGCAUGGAAGAAAGGGUAUGAAAAAAUACCUUUUGUGGUCCUGAUUGGUGGUGGAACGUUGGCUGUUCACACUGAAUGUGGUCUUAAUCUAACUACAAAGGCUGAAUUAUGUCAAUGGCUAGACCAAAGAGAUCAAGAGGCGUUCUACUGUAUUAAACCUGACAGUGUGUCCUGUGUGGCUUUUACCUACCUGAAGACAAUCUGUGAGUUGAGCCUGGGAUCUGCAAAGCUACCUUGCUCAUCACCAGUGAUAGAGAUUCUCUUAGUUGACAGCUCUGACGACGUGAAAGGUAGUGCAGAUCUUGCUAAUGCUAGUAAAAGCUUGUUUUUUGUCAGUAACUUCAUGACAUUUAAUGACUCGGAGAAUCAAUGUUCAGAGUGGAAAGAGAAGCCAGAAGGGGGAUCUCCUGCAGUGUUACAGUGCAAUAGAAUGCUAGAUGGAAAAACAGGGAACUCUCCUGCAGUACUGCAGUGCCGGUCUGAAACAGUGUCAGCUGGAGACUCCAGCUGCUCUCUGAAGGUCUUUGAUCACCACAGGAAUGGACUGUUCAAGACCCAUGUGGCAAUAAAGAAGAACAUUCAAAUUCUGUGAGAGAAUCGUAGGCACCCUUUUGUGCGUCUUUCUCAUUCUUUUUCAUAAAAAGAUGACUCAAUCACACAUGAAAUCAACAGGUUAGUGGGACAGAAAGACACGGCCAUAACGCUGGGCCUGCACUUUAGACCCUUCCCUAUUGAUGCUUUCAUCAGGAGGGUGAUCAGCGUUCACAAAGCCAUCUCACACCUUUUACUUAAAUGCCCAGACACAAAAGUAAUCAUCAAAACAGAAAAUAUCAGGGAGAUGCACAUAGACAGGGAGCAAGUCGGUGACAUUCAUGAAUAUGUCCAAUAUAUGGCAAUGACAGAUAUUUUUCAGGGUCUUAAGGUGGGUAUCAUUAAUGCCUGGUCUAUGACUACAGCAUAUGCCAAAAUUCACCCACAAGAUCAUGUGGUUGGAAACCAAAUCAAUGUGUUUUUUUUAUGUACAUGUGUUAGCUGCUAUUUAUCUAAAAUGAAAAACAGGCUAUAA